AUGAAUACUGUGUUGCUGGCUAAGUGGAUUUUCAGACUUGAUAGAGGUGAUAACAGUAUGGCUCUAGAGGUGCUUAGAAGAAAAUACCUAAAGGACAGAAGCUUCUGUCAAACCAACCAAAGGGGUGCCUCUCAGUUCUGGCAAGGUUUGGGGAAGGCUAGAGAAUGGUAUGAGAGAGGGACAAAGUGGAGAUUAGGCAAUGGAAAGAAGAUCAGAUUUUGGCAUGAUGUGUGGUUGGGGAACUGUCCACUUAAAAUUAAAUUCCCAAAACUGUUUAGGAUCAGUAGACAACAGGACUGGUCUGUGAUGGAACUAAAAGAGGUGGAGUGGAAUUUGGAUUUAAGAAGAAGAUUAGGUAAUGAUGCGGUGGCUGAGUGGAAUGAACUACAGGAGGCUUUAGAGUUAGCAGUUUUUUCAGCAGAGGAAGACACUGUUGUCUGGGCACUUGAAACUUCUGGCAAAUUCUCAACCAAAUCUCUAUACAGGUUUAUGAAACAUAGUGGCACAGUUGAUUUGAGGAUGACAGGGAUGUGGAAAGUAAAGCUGCCCCUCAAGAUUUUUCUUUGGAUGUUAUGGCAUCACAGAGUACUCACUGGUGAACAACUGAAGAUUAGGAAAGGCAAAGGGUCAGAGAAGUGCAAAACUGCAAAUACUGUGGGAAAUUAG